AGGACAGAUCUGUUGAGCUGCGGUUGAGCAACAGCCGUAGGAUGGGCGAGGGAGGGAGCGAGCGAGUCGGAGAGUCGGGCUCCCCCUGCAUGUAGAGUUGUGUUACUGAGUGUUGAUCCGCCCUGAUGUCACAGUGACAGCGCUAACAAGAUGGCGAAGGGCACUGGAGCAAAGUGAGGAGGACAAGACAAUAAUAUUAUAAUAAUAACAACACAGACCGACAUUCGUUAGCAUUGCUGUGGGUUAACGACGCACAGGUACUGCAUCAGCCAGGCGCUGGGUACAACUGAGCAAAUGCACCCUGGCUUGUACGAGAUAAAUCAGCGGAAAAUUGUAAACUAACCAAGGAAAAAGCCAGCGUUCCCUGCCUAAAAAAAAUGUCAAGCAACCUCAAGCCAUAAGCGCAUACGUUUUUAUUUUAAACUUGCAGGACUGUAAUGAGUAUGCGUUGAUUUAAACCGGCGUACAUUUGUUUUUAUUUUGUUUUUGCAGAGGUGAAUGUUUUGAUCAGAGUCCAAAAAGGAAAGGAACCUUACACACAGUGCAACUGCAAGUGUAAACCAGAUCUGGGCUGCUUAGUUGAAGACUGGGCACAAUCUUGACUGAUUUAUCAUUUAACUGUUGUGGGCAUCUUGAUUUUGGGAGGAUCUGUUCUGGAAAUCGAGGAGAACAGGAUAUACCGAAAAUAAUUUUAAAGGAACGAGAUUGGGGAUUUGUAUAGUCUGUUUUAUUUUGUAUUUCUAAUUUAAAUUGCCCGACGCCAUGGCUCACUCCCCUGUGCAGUCAGGCCUGCCUGGGAUGCAGAAUUUAAAAGCAGAUCCAGAGGAACUGUUCACCAAACUGGAGAAGAUUGGCAAGGGCUCCUUUGGGGAAGUUUUUAAAGGCAUUGACAAUCGGACUCAGAAAGUAGUGGCUAUAAAAACUAUUGACCUGGAAGAAGCCGAAGAUGAAAUAGAAGACGUUCAGCAGGAAAUAACAGUACUAAGCCAGUGCGAUAGCCCCUAUGUAACCAAGUACUACGGAUCUUAUUUAAAGGACACAAAAUUAUGGAUAAUAAUGGAGUAUUUAGGUGGAGGAUCGGCUCUGGAUCUGCUAGAGCCAGGUGCUUUGGAUGAAACUCAAAUUGCCACUAUACUCCGAGAAAUAUUAAAAGGACUUGAAUACCUACAUUCAGAAAAGAAAAUCCACAGAGAUAUUAAAGCUGCCAAUGUCUUAUUGUCGGAGCAGGGCGAUGUUAAAUUAGCAGAUUUUGGUGUUGCGGGACAGCUAACGGACACACAGAUAAAGAGGAAUACAUUUGUAGGCACGCCCUUCUGGAUGGCUCCUGAAGUAAUAAAGCAGUCCGCUUACGAUUCCAAGGCAGACAUGUGGUCAUUAGGAAUAACAGCGAUUGAACUGGCAAAAGGGGAACCCCCUCAUUCAGAACUGCACCCAAUGAAGGUUUUAUUCCUAAUCCCAAAGAACAACCCACCUACACUGGAAGGAAACUACAGCAAACCUCUUAAAGAAUUCAUAGAGGCCUGCUUGAACAAAGAGCCCAGUUUUAGACCGACAGCAAAAGAGCUCUUGAAGCACAAAUUUAUUGUACGACAUGCCAAGAAAACGUCCUACUUAACAGAGCUGAUCGACCGGUACAAGAGGUGGAAAGCCGAACAGUCCCACGAUGAUUCGAGCUCAGACGAGUCGGAUUCAGAACAAGAUGGUCAGGCAUCUGGCGGAAACGACCCUGGUGACUGGAUCUUUAACACAAUUAGGGAGAAAAAGGAUCCCAAGAAACUGCAGAAUGGAGCAGCCCAUCUGGAGGAGUUUGAAAGGAACAAGGUACAAGACAUUCCAAAGAGGCCUUUGUCACAGAGCUUGUCUACGAUUAUUUCUCCAUUGUUUGCUGAGCUGAAAGAGAAAAAUGAAGCCAGUAGCGGUAAACCAGGAGCGGUAGAAGAGUUGCGGGAGGCUAUUUUCCUAGCAGAGGAAGCAUCUCCAGGAAUCUCUGACUCUAUGAUAUCUGAACUAGUACAGAGACUUCAAAGAUUCUCAUUUAGUGGAGCAUCGUCUUCAUCCCAGUGAUGGCUCCCUGACUUGGACAUGAAGAGGUGCUCCCAUAUACUGAAAUAGCACACAUGCCACAGUGAAGAGGCACUCUCUCCUUCAGGGGGACAUUCUCCAGUGAGCAACAGCCAAGAUGAAGUCUCUCAGAAGGGCCGUCAUUCUUCAGCUGCUUAAAGCAAAAGAUUCUUCUGUUUUUAUAUUUAAUUAUUGUCGUAGUGCACAUAUUCAAGAAAAGAGCAGGUAGGGAGGAAGGUGGGUGAAAGAUGUGUAUGGAAGGAGAGAUUGAUUUGCCUCCCUCCUUUUGAUAUUUCCAGGUAAUCACUUCCAGUCAGUCUUUGCAAGAAAGCAGGUAAUUGCAACUGGAUUGUUGGCCAAUUAUUUAUGACUGGACAAAGUAACCCUACCAAGAUUUAACUGUAAUAUAUUCUGAUAAUGAAAAAGUGUUCGCCAUUGGCCCCAGACUUUUGAAGAUAAGUCCUUGUGCUUGUACUCCCUCAGAGGCAAGAUCAGUUGGUGAACCAGCUAACCCAUUUCUGAGUUGUGAUAAUCCACAGAAAACCUAGCAACAGAAACCACAGAAAACUUAGCAAUCUGGUUCCUGCUGCUUGAAACCAUUUGACUGCUGGAAGUGUCUGGAAUUUCUACAGGGUGUGUCUUUUGUGUUAAAAUACUCAAUUGUAUAUUUGGGACUGUGCAAAGCAGAUAGAUAAUUUUUUUUGAGAAACCUCAGGUAUCCUGCUUUAAGUCGAUGACUCCUCUGGGAGACGGAGUAUGUUCUGCUGGGUGUACAAAUAUGUAUAUAGGGUCAUUUUUACUGAUAUUGAGAAACAGUGGAGCAUACAUGGCCAAGUGCUUCUGUAGAUAUUGUUAGUAGAGGUAAAUAUUUAAAAAAAACAAAUGGCCAUAACUGAGCAUUGCCUUGCCUCUAUUACAUGUACAUUUUGGAUAUAAGAGGAGAUUUAGAUUUCAUUAUUAAUAUUAUUUCUGCGGUCUUCCAUUUGAAGAAAAGUUGAUACCCCACUUAACAAAACAAAAUUAUAAUUCUUAAGUCCUGUAUGUACCUCAAGUAGUUUAACAGUUAUUUUUCAUUCAUAGUCAUGUUUCUUUAUAAACAACUUCUUUCUGGAGUUUGGUAGUGAAUAUGGUGCUCUCCAACUCAUAAUGGUAUACACACAUGGUGUCCUAUUCACAAAGAUUUGAAUUUGAGUCUUUUUAUGAAUAAGGUUUGAUAUUUGUAAAACUAGACUAGGCUUGUGCUUUUAAACUGGAAAAGCUGUUUUACCAACUGAUGGGUGAAAGCUUUGUGAGUAGGGCCCAGUUUCUGUGUAUUGCUAAACUAGCUUUCUUUGAAUAAAACGGAGAGCAAGUCCCUUAUUCAAAAAAAAUUAAGUCAGCCAAAACCAAUACAAUCUGAAGUGGAGGUAGCCAUUUCUAAGGCAUUUUAGGCCAUGUUCUGUAAUUAUUCUGAUACAUGGCAGUUUUAGAUUCUUAGUACAAUGAAAAUGUAUUUAAUUUGACAAUUAAACUUUCAAAUAGACUUUUUUUCUGCAAAUGUUGCUGUUGACAAUGGUGGUUUGAGUGUGUAAACAAAAGCUUAAAGCUCAGUUUGUGGGUGGUGGGGGGCUUUUCGUUCAUAUGAGAAAGAUGAUCCUUGUUCACAGCUGCAGCACUAGAUACAUUUCUGGUUUCUUGGGUUAUUUUUGUAUUUAUUUUAUUUUUUUGGCAGCACCAACAACAACAAAAAUAAAUAAAUAAUUAAAAUCACAGGGAAUGUACAUAUUGUAAGACCAGCAAUUGUGACUUUAAAUUUCUCUCUAAAAAAAGUUCAGUGUAUUUUUACAAUGCAUUCUCUUCAUUGCUAAUACGAUGCAAAGGGUUAUCAUGUUUCAGUUUCUACACCAUAUGUUUAAAUUCAUGAUUCUUCCAAGUCGGUACUAACCUUGCUUCUUACAACAUGUUAAUGUGUACUGUAGUACCACUUGCUAAAAAGAUGAAAUACUUCUUACGGAGUCUGAUGACUGAUUGCAGUCAUUUGUGCAAGCCAUUGGUCUGUAAAGUUGGGAGGCUGAUAGUGUUGCCCUGCCAAGGUUAAUUAAGUCCAGUUUUUGGAGUUGUUGGCAUGGCAAUUUUCAAUGCAUGGAAUAAAGGUUGUGUGCUUUGUAGCAUACUGCAUAUCUAGCGCAGCAGGGCGUGCACUUUUUUACAUCUUAAAGGCUAGGCUUCUCACCACCAUGGAGCAUCAGCAACUGUCACAGCUUUAAGGAUUUUGUCUAAACAGUUUAUUUUUUUAGUUUUAAAUUUUUUUUUUUUUUAUCAAUUUAAAGGAAAAAAAUUAGUAUACAGGAACAUUUUGUGAUACGGAAUUUGGCAUUUACUAAUUAUAUUCUCCCUUUUUUCUUUUUAUUAAGGUCCUUUUUUGUCAAAUCAGAAAAAUCUAUUUUAUUUGCAUGUUUUAAUUUUUAAUUGGAAGUCUAGGAAAAGAGUAGAAUCUUCUUUGCUAGCACCUGGCUUUCCUAGUGCCAGUCAGUUACAAUGAUUUGCUUGUCUAAAGAGACAGGUGGUCAAGAUGCUCCUUUCGCUUUACAAUUAGGGUUCAGUUUUAAUAGGAUUGUGAGCUUUCAAAAGGGUUUUCUUAGUUCUGUGGAGAGUAUUUGCCAGGUGCAGAAGGCUUGCCAUGCACUGUUUGCUGUAUGCCUAACAAGAAUGCAAAAGACAGAGUCGUGAAUUGUCAUUAUUGACAAUAUUUUAACACAUUUGGACCCUGUUUUUGCUUUGGCAGCCAUGUGCUAGUAUGUAAUCUCACAUAGCUUUAGUUAAGAAGACAUGCUGCACUGUAUUGGGUGGCGCAGUUUGGUCAGGUAAUCAUUUCUAUAUUUUUGGGUGGCACCUUAGGCACUAAAUAGUGCAACCUGUCUUUUUCUUUGUAUCUCAGUUUUUUUUUAGAAGUCUUGCAAAAAAAAAUGUUGAUCAUAUUGUCUUCAGGUUUUUAUUUUCAACGGCACGCAGCACAUUGCUGGAAGAUAGGAGACACUCUGUGCUCUUUUGGUUUUAUAUUUUAAUAACUUUUCUAAGGCAAGUUAUGUUUUUGCCCCCUUGUUAUGGAAAGGUUUGUUUCCCCUCCUACCUUCAGUGUCCAGCUCAGUGAAGGUGUGUGUGUGUUAACAGGUGCAUCAUGCCUGUGUGAUUGAAUGACCAAGCAUCUUCCUAGUUCGCACCUUCAGUAUCUCCCAGAUAAAGUGCCAUGCUUUCUUUUACCCCUCAGAUUUAUUUUUUUGUAAUGUAUUUUGCACCUUGUGGAGUCUGUCCAGUUGAGUUCUUAAUCUCUGUGUUGCACUUUGUAAGAGUUUCUUUGAUAUUUUAAAAACUUGGUACUUGAGGCCCUCAUUGUGUGUUGUUAUUUCUUACUGUUACUGCACUGUACCUUUGCAAAAAUGGCAAUAAAGUAGUGCGAUCAUCAGGAUAUAGUCUUCAACACAGGUAUAUUGUAGGGAUGCAUCAAUAAAGAUUUAAAGAAAUCCAAUAUUUUUCUAACUGUGUAAAGAGCAAGUAAUGCAGUAAAAUAUGGGCCUUUAUGAUGUUUAUUAUUAAUGAUGGGAUACUUAUUACAGAUGCUAAUUAAAAGUGUAAAUUUUGUUUUCUGUAACAUUGCUGACAGUUUAUAGUCCUGUAUAUAAUCCUUGCUUAUGUCAUUAAACACCAAGGUAUUGAACACCUUGUAAGCUUUCAAGUGAUUAUGAAAAAUAAAAUCUAAUGCAAAUUUA